CAACGCAUGCGCAAACUCAGUUCCGGAUUUUUCGCAAUGUUUUUAAUUUUUGGAUUAAAAUCAAAUUAAAUUGCAACGAAAAGCCAUACCAAGCGACUUAUAUAUAGCAUAAGCAUAUACAAAUAUCAUUCAAUAGAUUAGUUAUGUAGAUAAACUGGAUGCUUUCAUUUGUAAAUAAGUAGCACACAUCAAUUAAACUCUAUUGGGUGUUGAUCAAUAAACCAAUUAGGCAAUUUAUUAAUUUUGCAAGGAGUAAUCUGACGUUGCUCCAGUCUGGUCUAGUCACCAUGGCUGACAUGACAAUGGAGGCAGAUGCAGGGGACCAAUCAGAGAGCAGCAGUAUGUAUGGUACACUGGAUGCAUUCAUCAUCGAUAAGAAAAUUGGCAAAGGCCAGUUUUCAGAGGUUUACAGGGUCAUCUGCAAAGCAACUGGCAGUGUUCUUGCUCUAAAGAAAGUACAGAUCUUUGAAAUGAUGGAUGCUAAGGCCAGACAAGACUGCAAGAAAGAAAUAGAUCUCCUGAAGCAACUGAACCAUCCCAAUGUGAUCAAGUAUCUGGAGUCAUUCAUUGAAGACAAUGAGCUGAACAUCGUCUUGGAGCUAGCGGACGCUGGGGAUCUUUCACGGAUGAUCAAGCACUUCAAGCGGCAGACACGCAUGAUUCCCGAGAAGACGAUCUGGAAGUACUUCAUACAGAUCUGCAGCGCGCUCAACCACAUGCACUCUAGGCGCAUCAUGCACCGCGACAUCAAGCCUGCGAACGUGUUUAUCACAGCCCAGGGCGUAGUGAAGCUUGGUGACCUGGGGCUGGGCAGAUUCUUCAGCUCCAAGACAACGGCCGCACACUCACUAGUUGGCACUCCUUACUACAUGUCCCCUGAAAGGAUCCAUGAGAACGGAUACAACUUCAAGUCCGAUAUCUGGUCACUGGGGUGUCUUCUCUAUGAGAUGGCGGCCCUUCAGUCCCCUUUCUACGGAGACAAGAUGAACCUGUACUCUCUGUGUCAGAAGAUAGACAAGUGUGAUUACCCGCCCCUGCCCUCCGAUGUUUACUCUGAUCAGCUGCGUAAGCUGGUGGCCAUGUGUAUCAACCCUAUACCUGAGCAGCGGCCCGAUAUCUCCUAUGUAUACCAUGUGGCCCAGGAGAUGCAUGCUCACUUCCAGGGUCAGGCUCAACAACAUCAGCUACACAUGCAGCAGCAACAACAGUUGCAACAGCAGCAGCAGCGCCACUUUCAGCAGCUUUCCCCCGAGCAGCAGCACCAGCUGCUGGUGCAGCAAGGCAACAUCCAGAUAGUGGGGGCACAGCAGCUCUCCCCACAGCAGCAACAAAUGCUGUUUCAGCAGCAGUAUCAGCUUCAGCAGCAACCACAGUACCAGCAGCAACAGCAGCAGGCGUUGUUGCAGCAGCAAAUGCUCCAGAAGCAGGGCACGGCUGAGAAUAAACAGAUGUUAUAAGCAGGGCUUCUUUUUGCCAUCUUUGUGAAGCAGCCUCUUGCCCCUCAAUUUGUAAAAAAAUUAGUAGUAAACAUUUCAAAAAUGUGAAACAAAUCGUUGCAUAUUUUCCAAAGUUGCGAAAAUCUGAGUAGUGAAAUUUGCAAUAUUGUAAAAAUUUGACUUUUUGUUAAAAAUCACCAUUUUUUCUCCAAGAAACAAAAAAAAGGCCCUGCUAGGAGCGACGGAUAAUGUUUGUGGCGUCUGUUGGCUGUGCACAUCGUGAAAAUGUUGUUUUUUCCUGGCUGCAUGACUUUUACAAAUCUUACUUGCAAUAAGCCUCCUUUUAGGAAAUUGGGCUGAAUGUGUGUUGGCAAAGUGUCCUCCCAGAUUAGCCUGUGCAGUUCCUAUUUUAUGAUAUUUUUUAUUGAAAAGAAGUCAUUUCUUAGGAGAAAAUGAAGACAUUUCAGAUAAGGCAUAAGGUGUCAACCCAGAUUAGCCUGUGCUGACUUCACAGGCUAAUCUGUAACAACAUUUUACGCACAUGAAUUUAUCCCAGUUUUCCCAGAACAAGAUCCAUAUGAAAACGUCUCUUAAUGGCUGCAUGACUAAUUCACGAAAGUUACUUGUUAUAAUGAUUAGAUUUUUUAUAAGUACAUGUAAUAGUUAUCUGGCGCAAUGGCCGGGCUUCAAGCCCAGUGUCAAAGCAUAAUAGGGGAUGUUUUAGCAUGUUGAAUGCAUAUUGGUAGGAGCUAGUUAAAAGCCUUGUACUUUCUGUUGUGUUGGUUAAAUAAGUCACUGUCUAACAGGGCUGCUUCCUAUGUUGCCAAUGUUUAAGACUUCUGGACCUGGUUCUAACCUUUAUUUCCAUUGGCCAAAACCUGGUUUGUUUCUGUUUUUGUGUAAUAAAAUGAUAGACAUGGACUUGCGUAUUGUACAAUAUGAUAGGACUCUUUGGCUUCAUUUGGCAUCUUGACAGGUCAGAGCUAUUCUAUUUUAUGUGACAGUCUUUGAAAUUUAUAUCUGUUUUUAUAUACAACUUAUGAACUUUAAUAUACAGUAUAAAAAAGGAUAGGUUUAUACAUGUUUGGGCUAUCAAAUUCCACGAACUCCCUUAAUGUUUAUUUUUACUUAAAAACUAUUUAUAAAUUAUUGUUGCAUGAACUCGGGCACAAAAAUAUUACACCAAAAAGUGUAUGCUCACUUAAACUGAAGAUUUUUGUCUUCCACUUUUAGGAUACUCAAUCACUUGUCUCUCCAACAUUAUACAAGACAAAUUUAAGAAUUGGGAUUACAAUUGUGGGUCACUUUUUAAAAACUGCUGUUUAAAAAAAGAAAAAUACCUUCUCUUUUCUUUCAAAAUAUGGUAAUUUUAGUAUAAAAAAAAAAAAAGUUUAUUUAUUAUGAAUAUUUCAAUGAAAAUCAAUUGUGCUUUUUACACUUGUUGAUAAAAGAUUGUGUAAUUGUUUGAUCAGUGAUGAUACCUGGAUACCUGGAUGGUAGGGCCAUAAAUUUUAGCUUUGAAGCUAUCUUGGCCCGUCUUGUAAAGGUCUUCUUGUAAAUUUUCUCACAAAUUAGUAUUUUACUCAUUAAUUUCAUUGUGCGCAUAACAUGAUGGUGCAAAUUUUUUGACGUUCCAAUUUUCCUUGUUCA